UUCUCGACUCCUUCCUAUAACAAAAACAACAAACAAACGUUAUCUCCAUAACUUCUAUAAACAUCACAACUUGCAAUAUUUGAUACUAGUAGGCACCAUUUUUCUUAGUUUUCUUUCAUUUGAUUAUGUUAUCUACAAACAAAGUAGUAGAACCAGUUGAGAGCCUUAGGUCUUCUCUCUCAACUGUUUCCCUCGACCUCCAUUCUUUCGGUUCCGCAGACUGAGAUAGCAGCAUAAUUAUGUAGGAGAAAGCUUCGGAGAGUCGGUUUGAAAUUUGGAAAAGUUUGCAGUAUGCCUAGUCCAACAUCUGCUUCAAGAGCACAGAAUAUCAAAGGGCAGCUAGAGAAAGUGAAGAAUGGAGGAGGGAAUAAAGUAACAGAAAGAUCAGCAUCGUUUCAUGGGAAAGGCUUAGUAGUAAAUCAAGCGAAUCUUCUUAGAAGACCAAAAACUGAUCCAGAUUUGUUAGUUGGAAUGAGAAAUAAGUCGAAUGGUGGAAUAUUCUCGUCUCCUCAAUCGGAAAAUAUUCCCAAGUUGACUAAGCUGUUACUUAACGUAACAGUACAAAGAAGUUUAGGACCCAUUCAUGUUGUUAUGUCACCUGAUUCAACAGUUGGAGAUCUUAUUACCAUGGUUGUUAAACAAUACUCCAAAGAAGGAAGAAGACCUUCAUUAUCUACGACCAAUGCUUCUGAUUUCAAUCUCCACUACUCGCAGUUCAGCUUAGAAAGUCUGGAUAAAGAGGAGAAAUUGAUACAACUAGGGUCAAGAAACUUCUUCUUGUGCCCCAAAAUUAAAAAUGAUGAUGUUGGUUUUGCACCAUUUCUGACAGCUUCGUCUUCAAACCCUUGUUCAAACCAAGCUGAGAGGGUAUCAAACAAGAAAGUUCAACCACCAUGGUGUAGAUUCAUUGAUUUCUUAACAAUUAGUAGUAGUAGUCUUUAGUUUUCUUUAAAAAAAUUCUGUUCAAUUACUUCAUUUCUCUGCUUAAAAUUUAGCAGUGUAAUAGUGUAUUCAUGGAUCCAUUCAUUUGGGUUAUCUUAAUUUGUAUAAACAUCAUAUUAUUAAAAGGAACAGAUAUAGAUUUGUAGUUUUCAAUCAUCCAAUGAUAAUCAUUUGAUGAUAUCUUCUUUCUUGUGUUCUGUUUAAUAGAUUCAAACUUCUGUAAUUUCUUUUCUAUGUUUUAUGUAAAUAUCCAAUAAAUUCUUGUUUCGUA